AUGACCAAGGCAAAGCAGGCGUUCGAAAUCCUGAAACACAAGAUCGUAUCGACCCCGGUAUUAAGACACCCUGAUAGGCCCAAACCGUUUGACGUUAUACCCCACGCAAAUCAAUGGCCUGCCUGUGCGGACCUGGGCCAAGAACAUGACAGCUUGAUCCAGCCAGUGCGUUUUACGGGGCGUGUCCUCCACGAUGCGGAAUUGAGAUAUCACAUCGCGGAAAAGGAGGUCAUCGCCGUGCUGAGGAUACUACAGGUGUUCAGGACACUCAUUCAAGGUUGUCCUCUCAUCGUGUACACUAGACACUCGGUUCUGAAGUGGAUCAUGAAAUCCAAGACGGCAGAUGGGAGAUGUGUACCCUGGGGCGUUCUACUUUCACAGUGGAAUCUGGAUGUCAGGAAGAUCCAGCGAGACGAAGAUGGACUAGCGGCCAUCCUGGGCGCUGGUAUCACACCUCGGGUCCCCGUCAACGAAGACUGA